AUGCGGGGCUGCGCGGGCCGGCGGGCGGCUCCCGGCGCGGCGUUCAGGCGGAUCAUCCAUGAGGACGGCUUCUCUGGAGAAGACGUGAAGCAGUACAAGCCAGUGGUGUACAGCAACACUAUACAGUCACUGGCAGCUAUUGUCCGUGCCAUGGAUACCUUGGGCAUUGAGUACGGUGACAAGGAGCGACGGGCUGAUGCCAAGAUGGUCUGUGAUGUCGUAAGUCGGAUGGAGGACACAGAGCCCUUCUCUCCAGAGCUGCUGUCAGCUAUGAUGAGGCUCUGGGCAGACUCUGGGAUCCAAGAAUGCUUCAAUCGGUCCCGGGAAUAUCAGCUCAACGACUCAGCCCAAUACUACCUAGACAGCUUAGAUCGAAUUGGAGCUGCAGACUACCAGCCCACGGAGCAGGAUAUCCUCCGAACCAGGGUCAAAACAACUGGCAUCGUAGAAACCCAUUUCACAUUCAAAAACCUCCACUUCAGGCUCUUCGAUGUCGGGGGCCAGCGGUCAGAGCGCAAGAAGUGGAUCCACUGCUUCGAGGACGUCACAGCCAUCAUCUUCUGUGUGGCGCUGAGUGGCUACGACCAGGUGCUCCAUGAAGACGAGACCACGAACCGCAUGCACGAAUCUCUGAAGCUUUUUGACAGCAUCUGCAACAACAAAUGGUUCACAGAUACAUCUAUCAUCCUGUUUCUAAACAAGAAGGACAUAUUUGAGGAGAAAAUUAAGAAAUCUCCACUGAGUAUCUGCUUUCCUGAGUACACAGGCCCCAACGCUUUCACCGAGGCGGUGGCGUACAUCCAGAGCCAGUACGAGAGCAAGAACAAGUCAGCCAACAAGGAGAUCUACACCCACAUCACCUGCGCCACCGACACCAACAACAUCCAGUUCGUGUUCGACGCCGUCACGGACGUGAUCAUCGCCAACAACCUGCGCGGCUGCGGCCUCUACUGACUGCUCCUCCUUCCCGGCCUGCUCCUCCUCGCCAGAUGACAAGGAAGAAACACAGCAUUCCCUCCUCCUGCCCCAGAAAACUCUGCAGCAAGUUCUGCUCUCCCCAGACCCGUUUUGUUUUAUUUUGGCUCGUUUCUGGUUCGUUCCCUCGCUGCCCCGUUCUACUCCUCCGUUCCAACUCACAGUGUUGUGCAGGGAGCUAACGCAUUUCCCACAAAGUGCAUUUCAACUGCCAAAAGACAAAAAUACUUCAGUUUUAAAGAGAGAAAAAAAAUCAAAGCCUUAAAAUACUGGUCAGGAACAGUGUAGUUUGGAACCAAAACUUUUUUUUGCUUGAAAAUUAAGGGAUAUUGUUCAUUCUCCUGGUUAUUUGCCUCUUUUUUUUUAACACUAUUCCUUUGGGAAGUGAUAAAUACAACCUGAUCAUUUUGAGGGUACCUUACAGCUCCAGUUCUGACCCAGAGCUGGAGGGUUUGGUGUUGAAUGCAGCCACCAUAGCCUGGAUUUGUACAUUCUCCUUUUUUCCAGCUAUUUGAACAAGUAAAACAGCCAUACUGAGUUCUGCUGGUGUCUGAGCAACAGGGACACAGUAACAAAGCCUACUAAGCCUUGUCUAAAAGCAUUCAUUACUGGUAGCAGUUUUACCUCAAGUUUUUCAAAAUUAAUGAUAAAAUUUAUCUAGUGGUUGCUGUAACCCCUCCAUGGAGGUGCUGGGCUGGGACCCCUGGAGUGCAGGCAGUGAAGAUGCCCUGGGAAUGGUGUCCUGAUGGAGACUCCGCACUCAGUGGCAUCCUGACAAGGAAUCCAGCCUGGAUAUUUUCCCACAGCACCUCCCAGCCUUAGUGAUUCAGCAGAGGUGAUGCUCCUGCACACAAGCACCAUCACUUUCCAAACUUCAGCCUUGAAGUACUGGGGUGCAUUAAAAAUAUUUGGCUCUGGCUUCCUGUGGCAGAGUCUGGCCUUGAAGUGCCUGAGACAGGGAAAGGUGCGUUGGGAAACCUCCCCAUGCUUGGGUGACAACAAAGUGUGCAAGAGCAUCGUGGCCCUUCAUUGCCCCUUGGGCAUCUAAAUCCCUUGAGAAGCCCAGCCUUGUGCUCUGAGCCUCCUUGGCUGAGCACAAGGCAGUGGCUUUCCUGUGUCACCUCCUGCCUGAGCAUCCCAGAGACACAGCUCCAGGCCUGGUGUCCCCAGUCAGAACAUCUCUUUACCAGUAUCUAUAUUGAGAUGGGUGGUUAACCCUGGCAAAGGAGAGCUCAGGGAGCUGAUUUGAGUCAAGUGAUGGAGUAGGAGAGAAAAGUGCAAGGAAAGGAAGAAGGAAGAGCAGGGGAGAGAAGUGGGAAGGGUGAGGGUAGCACCCAGCACAGCAAAACUGGGGGCUCAGAGAGGACAAAUGGAGGUAGGCUGAGGUACAUGUGGCCACCACCAAGCACUCUGGGUGCUGCUGAGUCGAAGGCAGAAGAGAAUGUGAGAGGUGGGGUGUCACCUCUGUGGACAUGGAAGUCCACCCCAAAAUCUUGUUUGUUGUCUGAGUGAGGCAGCCACCUCAGAGGUCCCACUCAGGGCCCGCCUCACCUGGGGGCAGGUGGGCAGUGUUAAUCCCUGCCUCUUCUCUGCCUCUCCUAGACAAACACAAAUCUUUGCAGGCUGCCACAAGUUCAGCUGUGCUCUCUUGGGAGCCUGAUCUAGGAGAGGUUUUCAGGUCUCUGGAGGUCUCUUCAGGGCUGUGGUUGAGAGGGACAGUAUCUCUUCUCACUGUGCCCAUUUAGGAGGGAUGGUGUGAGAGCAGCACAGCCCAAAGGAGAGGGGCCAGGUGAGCCUUGGUGUGCAGGAGGCAGUGACAGGACACACAGGAUGGCACAGGAGGGAGAGGACAGUGGGAGAGGCUUGGGAAAUGUUUUGGGAGAGAAGCUGCAGAGUGGAUAUGAGGCAGAUUGAGACAGCAGGGAGGAUGGGAAGAGAAGGGGACCUGCAAGCCAGGGGAGAGUCCCCAUCAGGGGCUGUGCUCUGUCAGGAAAGUGUUUGUGGGACGUUUGUGACAAAUGCCCAACAGGGAUGUGAGCACCCUGAGGCAAGCAGGGAAGGCCUGCAGAGGAAAACGAGGUGUCUGUCACCCAACCAAGCAGCUACAGCCCAGCAUGGCUGGUAACUGUCAGUAACCCCAGAGAGCAUUAAAUGAUGUAUUUACUACUGUACAGCAAGGACCUGCUGCUGCUCUGCUGGGCACUAACAGCAAUAACACAACUCCCUGCCUCCCCUGCUCUGGCAGAAGCCAGCAGCCACCUUUCUCUUCACCAGCUCAGCCUUAAAAUGCCUCCAGUGACAUUGGCUCCUGCAAAGAGCUGGCCAGCAAAACCAGGAGCUCCUCAUGCCACAGCCCACCCACACAUCUGUCUGAGCCCCAGCAGUAGCACCCAGCAUCCACGUGGGUGUUGUGUCAAACCCAGGGCAGAAAAAACACACACUGGUUACAUUUGGGACUUAACCUGUGUAACCACUGGACCCAGAGUAGAUGGCUGGUGCUGGCAGGGAUGCAGGUCUCUGUAAGAAGACUUUGUUCAGAAGCACUGGAGUUUUGGAGAUUUUUCUGUUCCCACCCCUUCCCUUGCUGUGAAUGAUGUUUUGUCCAAGCAAAUAAGUAACAGAAGCUGUUCCCAGGGAAGGCAGCACCACACCAAGGCUUUGUGAGCUCCCAGCAUAAAGCCCACAGGAAUAUUUUUGGUAAAGACAAUUUAAAUUAACUCAACUCCAAACUGCCAAAUGCAGUCAAGUGGCCAGUGCUGGCUCAGUGCACUUUACCACUCUCCAGGCUGGAUUCAGGUAACCCAUUCCCAGCUUUGCCAGCUGGGGGGUCUAAGCCCUCUCUGCAGCUCCAGCAGGUCCCUGGCACAGUGGUGACCAUCAACAGCUGGUGCCCCAUGGGGAGAAAAGGGAGAAAAAGCAGAGGAAAUGUUGCCACACAGAGCCUCUUCUUUCAUUUUCUUUGGCAUAUUGUGUGUCUAAAGGUUCAUCUCAGCUGCUGCUGCUGACAUUCCCUCCCUCACACGAGUGUCAUGAGGAUUCACUGACAAAUGCCAGAAACAGCCUUUGGAAGAUGAAAUGCUUCCAGUGUUAAACACUACUAUCUCUCCCCCUUGAUGGCCGUGUAUAGAUUUGUGUCUCCAGAACUCCUGCCAAAUUAUUACUCACUGCUGGUUCUGCAUCCUCCAAAGCCCUUCCUGACAGAUGUGCCUUCCACAAGCAAUCUUUUGCCCCGUGCUUUUUCUAAACACCAGCAAUUCUUGCAGCAGUUGCCUAAAAAGUAGCUUGAAAUACAUUACCUGCUUUCAAAAGCCUUUUCUUAACAGCCCCUUGUGCUUUGCAAUGGCCAUGCUCUGAAUCCAGAGCUGUGUUUCAUUUGCAGUCUCCACAUAGCAGGGAUAUUGCAACUGGUACAGCUGCAUCAGAAAUCCAACCAGGGCAUGGAGGAUAGAUUUUAAAAGCACAAAAUUGAAACAGCUAUGUAUACACCCUGCUGCCCUUCAAAGCUAAUGUGGAAAUUUAAAAAAAAAAAAAAUAUAAAAAGAAAAAAAAAAAGCCCUAUAGGACACAGAAGGUUUUUAACGACUCAGGUCACUGUUCCAGCAACAGAAGCAUCCGAAGGGGUGUGAGCAUUGAAAGCAGCAUUAGCAACUCAUGAUGGGCUUCAGACAGCAGCAAAAAGAAACAAGGAAGCUCCCUGUCCUUCGUAGUCAAUGAGAGGGUCGGUUGUGGAGCCAUGAGACCACAAAAAUGCAAAUAGCUUCUUUAUUUAAACAACAAUUUCAAUGAAACAGAGAAAUCCCUACAAGCAAAGCCUUGCAGCGCCGGGCUGAGCUGCAGAGCUGUGGCAGGAUGCAGUGGCUGGGCUGGCUGGGAGAACGAGCAAUAACCAGGCACUGGGGAAGCACACACUAAAGCACAGCCCCAGCUGCCAAAGGCAGUUCUUAGUCCUGCAGACAGAGUGGCACACGGCCUGGCUCUCGCGGGCUGAGGAGCGGCAGGACAGCGGGAGCGGCCAUCUGGCCCUGCCGGGUGAGCGAUCCCUGCUGCCCUGCUGCCUGCCCACUGACACUUCCAACUGCAUCUCUCUGGAGUUUGGUACCGGAAUUAGCUUCUUGCCCCCAGCCAGCUUUCCUGGAUGGCCGGCCAGCCUGUCCCUCCAGCCUCAGGAGGAGCCCGCCGUGCCUCCUCUACUGAUGCGAUUCUGUUUUACAGGACACUAACAGUAUUAAUGAGGGCAGUCUUUAAUGUAUGUUAAAACAUAUCUGGUGGGUUUAAUCUAUCAUGGCAUGAACCCAGUCCUUGUCUGCAAGGGAACAGAUCUUGUUCUCAGUCCAGGAGUGCAAUCUCCAAGAGGUCAGGAUGUGAUGUAGAAGAUGUCCUUUUGCCAGAACGUCCCUGUGUGCCCAACCUCUCUGUGCAGCUCAACAAGGCAGACAUUGCCUCCGGGGGAUUUGCAGUCAGUGCUGGGAAAGGGACCAACCCUGCACUGUUAGUUUGUGUGACAUGUCCCAAGUUUUUUGUGGUCACAAAGUCUCCUGGCGCCAGGGAGAGUUGCUGAGUUCCUGGGAAGAAGGCUGACCAUCUGUCAAGUCAAUUAGAGAAGCUUAGUUCCAGUGUGCUUGGGUGUUUUCAUGGUUUGUCUUCAGGCUUACCACCAAAAACUACAAUCAUUUCCAAGGAGACCAAAACACUCAUUAGUGAUCUUACACUGGACACAUCAAGGCCAGUGGAAAUGGUGUUACUGAGCAUCACCCUGAGCACCCAGACCCAUCACUCUCUCGGGCCUAGUGCACACAUGAGAAAGCAGAGACGUGGUCCAGGUGGCACAAAAUUGGAGACCAUGGUCUUGCCUCUACCUCCCUGCAGGAAAGAGCAGGCAAACACACCCUGAGGCUCCCUGAGACUUCAGGGUACCAUGUCAUUUCUGAGCUCCAGCACUGGCACGAGAUAAUUGAUGCUGACAGAUAUAGGUACAUGACCUAUAUAGUUAUACUGAGAAUGUGGCUAUGGGAAGGGACUUUGCACAGGAGCACUCAUGCCCCAACCAGCAGCCUGUGAGAUCUUUAUUUGUGUGCAAACACAAGCAAGUGCAACCCUUAAACAUCAAUGCCUUAGUGAGAGGAGGACCAAAGCCUCCAGCUGGCACCCUGCAGGCAGAGGGAAAGGGAGCUGGAUUCAACAAACAGCCUCAUCUCCCCAAGAGGGCAGCUCUGUCCAUGGACGCAGUGCAGUGGGCACAGGGAGGAGAGACCAGGAGAAGAGGCAGAGGGGCUGGGAGCUGGCUGGAUGCUCCCUGCCCCAGGCCCUCUUCCACCCAGUGUCUUGGAAAUUCAGACCCAGUCCUGACUGUAGUGCAGGCAAACAGAGCUAAAGCCACUGCUCCAGGUGGGGAGAAGAGAUCAUGGCAGGUAAAACACCACUUUCAGCAGUGCCUGACUCUCACCAGCUUUUCCAGUGCUGGACCAACCUGGUGGUGCUGGGCAAGCAGAUAGGGUUGCUUAAGCACCAGCCAUGGCCCUGUUAAUUAGCCCAGUCCCUAAUUUGUGCACCUCAGCCCUAUUCCCCCACCCCCUCUUUCCCCCUUCAGCUCGACAAGGGAAGAGUGACCAUCACCCAGCCUCUGGGCUCCCUGCUCCCACCUCAUGUCCCAAAGGAUCGCCGGAGGCCGUCACCGUUUUCCUUUCGCUGGUUUCCCGCUGAAUCAUUUCUCCUGCAUGUUCGAUGGCCCAAACUGUAUUAACUGUAAUUUUGUACCAAGAGUGACUGUCCAUUGGUUUAAUAGAGCAUUAGUUAUUGUAAUAAUUUAUUGGCUGUUGGUAAUGUAUUUAUUAGUUACAAAAUGUUAAUAAAGUGCCAGCUCUUUUCUAGUGUGAGAGUGGUUUUAUUGUGUCUCCCUUGAGCGUGUCCAGCUUCUCAAACUUGUUAUUUAACCUUAUGGCUGCUCCACAAACACUUGCACAACACAAAGCACCAGCUGUCUGCCAG